UAAUCAGCCAAAGUGAAUCUUAGUUCCCAUUCUACGAAAAAAAGUGAAUCAUGCUUUUUAUUUGUUGACAUCUGUCAAAUCUGUCAUUUUAAUUUAAAGUUGAUGGUGUCAGAUUUCCGCACUCAUAUUCCUCAUUUGUUAUCAUUUAUUUUAACUAAAAUAAAACAAGAAGCUUAAACAGAAAAUGCAGAAUCCUAAUGAGGAUACAGAAUGGAACGAUGUCCUCCGAGCCAAGGGAAUCAUACCUCCCAAAGAAGCGGAGAUAUCAGAGGACCAAAUAGUUAAUAUGAUAGAGCAGACCAUCCAGCAGAAACAGGCUGAAAAGGACAAACAACUCUCAGAAUUAGAUUUAGAUGGCCUGGAUGAACUUGAAGACUCUGAAGAUGAGGCUGUGCUGGAGGAAUACAGGAGGAAACGUAUUGCGGAACUGAAGAGACUGUCAGAAAAGCCUAGAUUUGGUGAUAUUAGGGAGGUGUCGGGGCAGGACUAUGUGCAGGAAGUGAACAAGGCUGGAGAUGGAAUUUGGGUGGUCAUACAUCUGUAUAAACAAGGCAUUCAGCAGUGUGCCCUAAUCAACCAAUAUAUGCGUCAGCUCGCAGCCAAGUUCCCCUACACAAAGUUCCUGAAGGCAGUGGCUCAGACGUGUAUCCCUAACUUCCCUGAGAGGAACCUGCCCAGUGUGUUUGUGUACUUUGAGGGUGACAUGAAGAAACAGUUCAUUGGAGGAACAGAGUUGAGAGGCACGUCAUUGACUGUUGAAGAAUUUGAAUACAUUCUGGGGAAAGUCGGUGCAGUGGACUCAAAAAUAACAGAAGACCCCAGACCAAAGAUUAAGGAUAAGAUGUUCACCGACCUUGGCUCUAAUGACUGGUGAUUAUAGUGGUGAUCACCAUUACCAGAGAGUGAAGAGUUGGCGUCACGCUUCGGUGCGGGUUUAUGUGCUUUACUUGCAAAUUAUUUAUUUUUAAUGAGUAAUGAAAUUAUUUUUAAAUAAGUACUAAAGUAUUCAUAAAUAUAUCAUUUUGUUUCUAUGUUGUUAGAAAUUAUGUAAGGAACACAAAGCAUAAAGAAUUACUACAGAGUGAAUGAUUCUGUGUUCAGAUACAUUUAAUUUUGUAGCAAUUCUUAUGUUAAAUAGCAUUUAAAUAUACUACAAAUAAUAAAUAAAUGUACUUACGUAUAGGUAUUGCAUUUGAUCAUUAUUUUCUUUUCAUUUUAUCACAAAAAUUCUAAAUAUUGUAAACAGUAUGUUUUACUACUGUGGAUAUUAUUAUAAAAUAAAGAAAAUGUUUUUAACUAUUUGUUUUAUUUGCAUUAUAUUUUACAGGAAAUACUUAUGUCUAUUUAUAGUUAUUAUAAGUAUAGUUUACAUCAGAAAGUAAUUCUUCAGCAUUGUCUAUCGAGAGUGGUCAACAAUAAACAAAGCUCAUUUUCUGAAUGAUAUUAACAUGGCGUAAUUUCAACUUUUGCUCUUGGAAAAGUCACUGCAUAUUAAUUAUUAUUUAUGGUACAAUACCUAUUGUUGGUUACUAGUCUAUGAGAUGAUUAUUGUUCAAAGUACGAACAUAAUACUAAAGCAUCCAUACUCAAAUUCAUUCCCAGUACCCCUUUUUUACUAAACGAAAUCCAGUCCAGUCCAGUCAGAGAAAAUUUGUUAUUUACUUAUCUACAUAGUUUUUACAAACUUGGUCAUAAUUCAUUCAUUAACAAACACAUUAUUAUAAUAUUUGACAUACCUAUUACAUGACCAAAGUGAUUGUUCUGAUUUUGUGUCUGAACAACGUAACUCUUAUGUCGUUCACACAAUGACUAAAAAUGUCUUUCUUUCUUGUCUCCUAUUAUUGAGGUGUCUUAUUGUUUUUCACACUUAGAUUUUUCCUUAGUCUGGUCAUACACAAUACUCAAGUUAACAUCCUCGAUGUAAGUUAAUGGUGGUGACACACUUGGCGAUGCAGGGCUCCACGGGGUGCCGCGACUUGAGUCCCAGCUCGAAUACUCGCAUCAGUAUCUUGGCGGCGUGCUCCUGCAUGCCCACUAGUAUAUCUGGUAGUUUGUCCAGCAGUGAUUGCGUCACUUCAGGCUGGUGAGAGUCCAGGCACUCCAGUACUGCUUGCAGACCUG